AUGUUCUCCGACAUUGACAAAGUCGUGAAAGAAUGUGGCCGUAUGAGCGUCGUGCUCCGCAUCGACAACGAGCUCAACCUGGCCCUACAGGAAAUCCUUGGCUAUAUAACGGACGGGAUUGUGACGUAUUUACCAAACGUCAAGGAGAGGAUCCGACGCGCAGACGCGAAUUUCGCAAAAGAGCGCCUGCCCUUCUACGUCGAGCUAUCGGUCAGCCAGUCGCUGCAGAACAACGUUGACAUGUUUUAUAUGGAGCACGGGGAAAAGGAGUGGUUGUAUAGUGAAGAGGCAAAAAUUAGCGCUGAGGAUCGUGACUUGUUGAUGACGUUCGACGUGUUCGACUACGUGACGGCGGGGCUCGAGCCGACAAAGGAGAAUGGAGAUUGGACCAAACUCGUGAGGAAGGCCAUCGCCAGGGGUGACAACAGUUAUCGGUUCAUUGGGUUCUCAAUUGGCCACUAUCUGGACAAGGCGGUCGGGGAGUUGAAGGAGCUGGUCGUCGCAAGGAUUAACCCUGGCAGUACCAAAUCGAGGAAGAAGACUUUGAUCAAC